AAAGUAGGAGGAAGUUCUGCAAAGCCCCAGCCUGCUUUCAAAAACAACUCUGCAGAGCGGCUUGGAGGCACGCUGUGUGCGUCUGAGUGACUUGGGGAGUGUGUGCUUCGUCACAGAGCGCUUUGUGUAGUUGUACAGAAAAAAAAAGUUUGCCACAAAAAAGGGAAGAGCGGCGUAUGCAAAUCGCAGAAAGCGUGGGGAUGACUAGCUUGACUGCUAGUGCUGGGUGCUCUCCUGAUUGCGACAAGAACCCGACUGACAACCUCUCUGCCUCUGAAGGCCCGCGGCGUCGCAACUCCGGGGUGGCUGCAGGUGACACGGGAGCCGAACCUGUUCGUGGAGAGGUCAGCGUGCACCAGCUCCGUGCCCUCUUCGAGGCGCGCAACACUGAACCCCGGCACUGCUCUCCUCACCCUCGCGGCAAGCACAUGCCCAAGGAACGCCGACGGUCCUCCCGAGAGAGCACCCAGUCCGGGUGGUCUCAGAAGGAGCGCCGGAGCAGCCGUAAGUCGUCUGACACCUGUAACGGUGUGCUUCCCUCUGAUGAGCCAAACAGGGCGCAAGCAGCAACGAGGGAAGGGCGCAAGCAGGAGCAGCUGCAGUGCGUCCCGCAGGUGACCAUCACACCGGAGGGAGGCGGCAGCCCUCGGGAAAUGAUCGUGGACUUGGACGAGGUGAACGGUCCCCUACGGAGAAGACUGUCCAACUCUUCUCUAUCCUCCACGGGCUCUUCGACGGUCUUGGACGAGUCCGAGGAUGACAUCUUGAGCGACAACGAGACGAAGAGCAAAGGCAUCGUGACUCUCGAGACCUCGGAAGACCUAACAGUUAACCGUCCCUGGUGGAAGAUCAAAACGAUAGUUCACUGCCCAUUGGUUGUUCCACCAAGGAAGCGUUAUGCCUGGGUUCAGCUUGCAGGGCACAAAGGUAGCUUCAAAGCCGGGGAGGAAGGAACCAUUCUGAAGAAGUUCAGCGAAAACGAAAAGGCUUGCUUUGAGAGGCUCAUGAAUGACAUCCUGCAUUCCUACGUGCCAAAUUACCAUGGGGUGGUAGACAGAGACGGAGAAUCCUUCCUUCGGCUGACAGAUCUGCUGGCCGAGUUUGAUGGGCCAUGCGUCAUGGACUGCAAGAUGGGAGUGAGGACGUACUUGGAAGAGGAGCUGGUGAGAGCCCGCGAGCGUCCCAAGCUGCGCAAGGACAUGUACAAGAAGAUGAUGGAAGUGGACCCCAAUGCCCCCACCGAUGAGGAGCACACCCAACAGGCUGUCACUAAACCUCGGUACAUGCAGUGGAGGGAGACGCUGAGUUCCACCAACACGCUUGGUUUCCGAAUAGAGGGCAUCAAGAAGGCUGACGGCACCUGCAACACGGACUUUAAGAAGACAAGGACGAAAGAGGAAGUGGCCCAGGUCAUCAAGGACUUUGUGGAGAACAACAGGAAUAUUUUGAAAUCUUACCUCACCAAGCUAGAAGAAAUCCGGAAUAUUCUGGACCGCUCUGAAUUCUUCAAGAGACAUGAGGUCAUCGGGAGCUCACUGCUGUUCAUCCAUGAUCACAAGGAGCUGGUGCGCGUGUGGCUCAUCGAUUUUGGAAAAACCACACUGCUUCCAGAUGGCCAGACCCUGGACCACUGUGUCCCCUGGUGUGAAGGAAAUCGUGAGGAUGGCUACCUUUGGGGUCUUGACAACAUGGUCAACUUAAUCACAGAUAUAGUGAAUGAAUGAAUGACUGGAUCAGAUGGACAUGCACACUUUGCAUGACUGCACUGACAACAGGGAGCAGAAACACUCAAAAAGUGGACACUGACACUCCUCAAUAGCUACCUGUUAGGUGUCAACUGGUCUUCAUUGGGGAGACUUCUGCUUUUUUGACUUUUGUUGGGGCAGCAACUGUUUGGUCCAGGCUGACUAUGACGACAAAGGUAAAGAGCCCAAGGGGAAUUCUUCAAGAAUUACAAUGGCACACCCUGGCCUUUCAUUAUUGGCGCUGCAAAUACGACUGGAAAAGCUGGGUGUAGCCCACCUGUACCUGCCCUUCUUCUAGUGUCAGUGGGCCGUGCCUCUUGUGAAUGUUGUUUUCUUUAGUGUGGACAAUCUGAGGUUAGCUUGGCCACUCAGCUAAUGUCGCUGGUACCUGGGGCAGUGCUGCCCACCCCAGUGCCCAAUCUCAUUUAUAUUUUCAUGUGUGGAGGAAUGUGAGUUGCCCUGAUUCUGUCUCUCUCUCUCUCCACCCCCAUUCCAUCCAUCGCUCCACUGGGCAGAUGCAGUUGUCUCUUUGGGCAUGAAUGCCCGGUUUACCAAGUCUAGUGAAUGCAUCCUUCCCGUGUUUCUAGCCCUGAUUGCAGAUAGCUAGCUACAGUGUGUGAGUUUUUCUUUAAGAGAUUUGUUUCAGUUUUCCCUUAAUUGUGUCAUUUCAAAAUUCUUUGGUCUUCCCACUUCAGGCUUUCUUUCUUUUAUUUCCUUGUAUCUCAUUUAUUUUACUCAUCCUUGCCUUCUCUUCAUAUCUGGAGUUUGGGAGAAAGCUGAAGCAUUCAGAGAAAAGUCACAGAAACACUGUGGACUGCACAUGAACUCAGGGCAGGUUUUGAACGUGGACCUCUGGAUUUUUAGUGGGGUUUCCAUCCAUUUAUUGAAUGCGCUUUCAUCUUGUGAUGGGGACGCGGCCUGCUUGGAGCACCAGGGUACACUCGAUUGCUUUGGAGAUUUCACUUGACCUAACCUACAAAGGGUAUGGGUGGACGACGCAGAUAAAGAGCCACAUAGGCACUGGAAGAACGUGCAGACUCGAGCAUUGUGCACCCAUCCGACACCACAGGGCAACCGCGACAGGUGCAGAUGUACUGACCGCAGCCAACAGUGACUAUGAGAAGGUUCACAGUUUUAGUUUUAGUCAAUUUCAUUAACAUUUUUUAUCAACACGUUCCAUGUUAACCAACAAGGUUUGUGCUGCAUGCCUUUUUAAAAUACCACACAAUAUGUUUACAGUACACAGUAAAACACUAAGAUGACUCACUUUCCCUUAUGACUAUUUUUACUCCUCUGACUUUUUUCCUUUCUAUUUAUUGUUUAUAUUUCUUUUUAUUUAAAAAUGUUUGCAUUAUUCUGUAUAUUGGUUCUAAUGUAGAUGCAUCACUUUUUAGAUUUGAGGAACAGCCAGAUCAUCUUCCUUAGACACUCCAUUUGCAGCUUUACUUUUUACUAAAGAUUUUGCCUUCACAGCAUUCCAAAAAAACAAAAGGGUCAAUAAAAGGCUCUCCUGACAGGGACCCCUGGUGGCAGCAGCUCAGUGCGUCACAGAUGAACCCAGUGAUGUCCUGAGAGCCACAGUGACACCUAGUGUCAGGACUGAGCCCAUGCUGGCACUUCUGACUGAGUGUGCUGCCAGACAGAGCAGGUCUGUGUCUUCACAAGCUGCCAUAAUCGACCAGAAGAUCUG